UGCUGGACAAGGCUGAGGUAUUGGGCAUAAACUAAAAGCAAUCCGAGAGAUGCCCAAAUCUACUCCGGGUUCAGGUUCCAUCGCCAAAGGCAGCUUAGGAAUCAGCAAAGAAGGCAAAUACCAAGGCUACAUAUAUUUCUCCCAAGCCGACGGUACUGCUGCAACUGCCGAAUAUGCAAUCAGACUGCUUUAUUGCGGACUAUGUCGACGGGACUAGGAUGCGAGAGGGAGAGGAAAUCACCGACGCCUAUUAUAAUCGAAGAGAACACGGCAUCCAGACGUGUGAUGAUUGUGGGACCGAAAGAGAUGACUCGAUGAAGCAAACAAGGUCUUGCGUUGCGGUUUCGAGCCCUGACAAAGUCCCUCCGUCUAUUCUGACCAUAUCGCCAUCUGGUCAACACCAGGAAGGAAUAUCUUGCCUCUCCCCUAGCCGGGGUUUCGGUACAACAAGAUCGGGUUUUUUGGUCGGCGUCUCAUCUAUAUUUUUAUCGAGUCAGUCGCAUCAUUCGUCUCGAAUGGACGGACCAAUAUUGAAAUCUUCAUAUCCGAGCAUUGAAAGCAAUAUGGUUUUUCCAGACACAAGCUCGACGGUUCUUGGAGACAGCCUUGGAAGGAUUCAUCAUCUAUCGAUACGACAUCUUCGAGGUGCAACUGAAAUCAAUAAGACAAUCGAGAACAUCCCCGUUGCGAAAUAUAAACCACGAAAGAUGCAUGCAGAGAACAAGAACCGGGAUAGUAUCGUCCACCGCAUAGAAAGGGAAUGUUGUGGCUAUCCGUCAAAUAUUAUAUCCUUGGCUGGCCACGGAAGAAUGGUUGAAAGCUGUGAUAAAUCGUUCCCAAACCCGAUGAAAACGACCAUACCCACAAUGAUCGAAGGCUAUUCGGAUCAAGCCAUACACGGUAGGACCCAAUACACACUACCUAUCAGGUCUCCAUCCAAACCGCUUGGGUAUAUUGAUAACGUCUUGCCUUCCACUACGUGCCUGGACCAGGGCAAACAACGCAACGAGAGUCACCCUUCUAAUACAGGAAGGGCAGGCAUAUUGAAUGCUCUAAAUUCUAUCUCUCAAAGAUGUGAGAUUUCUCAGGGAUGUCAAAGCAAGUGUUGGUCUCCAGAUCCUCCAUGCAAGACUCUGCAAAGUAUAGGAGACAAAAUUCAUUUUGCGACCUCUUGGGAAGAAACCCCAUCUGAAUUUGCAUGCCUAGGAGAUGUAUCCUCGAAAUUUAAGAUCGCUGGGGCCAAAUACCGGCCAUCUGAGCCGCAGGCUGAAUCUCAUACGAGAUCAAGUCUCGAAGAUGGCCAGAGAAAGAUCGAACCGGCUGAUGUGGAUGAUUGUUCUGGAUGUGCUGGGAAACAUGACGACACAGGUUAUGAAAUAAAACUCGCGCUUCUUCGGCAACGCAAGAAGCGGCGUUUGAUGAUGAUGCGUUCUUGA